AUGGAGAAUUUUGAAGAGCUUAAAAGAUCAGUGGAGAGCGUAGAAAUGGUGGAUGAUCAUGCACACAACAUUGUGGCGCUGGACUCCACUCUCCCUUUCCUUAGCUGCUUCUCUCAAUCUGUAGGAGGCAAAACUGCAUCUGAUUUCCCUAAUUCCACCGACUUCAAAGUGAAUCUAAAUGAAAUUUGUGAACUGUAUGGCUCAAGCUUAUCCUUGGAUGCUGUUGAGGAAUCUCGUCGAUGCUUAGGGUUAGAGGCGAGUGCUGCAGUUUGCUUUAAAGCUGCAAGAAUUGUUAUCUUACUUAUUGACGAUGGAAUUAAAUUGGACAAAAAACUUGACAUCAAAUGGCAUGAAAGACUUGUACCAACAGUUGGUAGAAUACUACAAGUUGAGCAUGCUGCUGAAAAUAUCCUUGAGAAGGGUUCAAAUGGGGAGUCGUGGACACUGAGUUCAUUUAUGGAGACUUUCACUAAAGGAACUGAAGUCAUAUCCUUUAAUGUUUUAGUCAAUAUAUGUGCUAAAGUUGUUGCCUUUAAAAGUAUUAUUGCACAUCGUUGUGGCCUUGCAAUUAAUACAAAAGUCACACAAAGGGAGGCUGAGGAGGGUCUGAAUGACAUUUUAUGCGCGGGGAAGCCAGUCAGAAUCUCAAACAAGAACUUUAGUGAUUAUAUUUUUAUGCAUGCUUUGGAGGUGGCUCAAAAUUUUAACUUGCCAAUGCAGAUAGACACAAGUUUGGAGGAGAAGGAUUUGGAUCUGAGGCCAGGGAAUCCCCUUAAUCUCCGCAAUCUUCUUGAGGAUAAGAGAUUCACUAAGAAUCGAUUAGUGCUUUUACAUGCAUCAUUCCCUUUCUUAAAGGAAGCUUCAUAUCUUGCUUCAGUCUACCCUCAAGUCUAUCUUGAUUUUGGGUUGAGGAUUCCUAAGCCUAAAUUUCAUGGGUUGGUGUCCUCAGUGAAGGAACUUCUGGACCUUGCUCCCAUCAAUAAGGUCAUGAUCACCUGUAGUGGCAUCGCAUUUGCUGAAACAUUUUACCUAGGUGCAAAGAAAGCACGUGAAGUGGUAUUCAAUGUUCUAUGGGAUGCAUGCGUCCAUGAUGACCUUUCAAUUACAGAAGCUAUUGCAAUUGUUAAAGCUAUUUUUGCAGAAAAUGCAAAGCAAUUCUACAAGCUUGAUGCUUCAUCAAGAUAUUCUGAUGUAGAACCUCAGUCUUUAUCAUAUCCCUUCAAAAGGGAAGACUUAAAUUGUCCAUUGACAGAUGUUACCGCUGUUCGCAUUAUUUGGUUAGAUUUCUCUGCUCAACAUAGAUGCCGUGUUGCUCCCCAACAUCGCUACUAUAGUUGUGUGAAGAAACAUGGUGUUGGCUUAACUGUUGAAUGUAUGAGAUUGAGUUCAAUAUCUGAUAAUCUAUGUGAAGAACAUUCGCUUCCUUCCUCAGGUGAGGUCAGAGUUGUUCCUGACUUAUCAACCAAAUGCAAAAUCCCCUGGGCAAGAAAUCAAGAAAUGGUGUUGGCUGAUAUGUUAACUGAAUCUGGUAAAGCAUGGCAAUAUUGUCCAAGAGAUGUACUUCGUAAAUUCUCUAAAAUUUUGGAAGAUGAAUUUGGUUUGGUAACGAAUGUAGGCAUUGAAGUUGAAUUUUACCUUUUUAAGAGUGUGUUAAAGGAUGGAAAAGAAACAUGGGCCAGAAUUGACAAGACCUCUUACUGUUCUACAACAGCAAUUGAUGUUGCAUCAUUAGUGCUUCAAGAGAUUGUUGCUUCUUUACACUCCAAUAUUCUAGUCGAACAGUUACAUUCAGAAGCUGGAAAAGGUCAGUUUGAAAUUGUGUUGGGAUACACUGAUGGUGGUAGAGCAGCAAAUAACUUGAUAAUUACACAUGAAGUAAUCAAAGGGGUUGCAAGGAAACAUGGACUACUAGCAAGUUUUACCCCAAGGUAUAAUUAUGAUGAUGUUGGCUCAGGAUCGGAUGUACACAUCAGUUUGUUUAAGAAUGGAGAAAAUGUUUUUAUGGCAUCUGGUGAGCCAAAUAGGUAUGGGAUGUCCGUGAUCGGAGAAUCAUUCAUGGCUGGGGUACUAGAUCAUCUUCGUUCCCUAUGUGUAUUUACGAUGCCCAUCUCUAAUAGUUAUGAACGCUUAAUACCUAAGGCACGGAAUUCAUCAUUCAUUUGCUGGGGGAUAGAAUGUAAAGAGUUACCUGUAAGAGCUUGUUGCCCUCCUGGAGCUCCAAAUGGUGUGGUAACCAAUUUUGAAAUGAAAACAUUUGAUGGAUCUGCAAACCCACACUUGGGUCUAGCUUCAAUAAUUAUUGCUGGCAUCGAUGGCAUGCGAAGAAAAUUACCAAUUCCACGACCAGUAGAGCCAGAAUCUUAUGACUUCGAUUGGAACAACGAUGGUAUAAAAGUACCAGGGUCUCUUAGAUGCGCUAUUAUUCAUAUGGAUUCAGAUAAAUGGUUCAAUGAAAUGUUGGGUAAAGAAUUUAUAUGCACCAGAGGAUGA